AUGGAGAAGGAGAAGGGGUACAUUGAAAUAUCAGACUUGCUCCGCCGGAAUGUGGAAGAUUUGAACGAUGAAGACGAAAUCAGAGUGCAGGACUUUUCAUAUGAGAAGUACGUCUGCUCCCUCGAAAUGGGAGACAACAAAUUGGACGUGGGGAUCAAACCAGAAAAGAGAAUUACAAUAAAGGAAUGUGAAGAUAGAAAAUACAUAUCGGACGAUAUCAGCUUGGAAGACAUGCUUGUAAUUAUGGACCACCUGAUCGUUCAACAAGUAAAGCUCCUCCUGGGGAACCAUCCAUUUUUAACUGUCCUAAGUUGCUACUUCCUUCACCACUCAAGUGUUAUUAAUUGUAAUGAAGACCCGUUCUUUUUUGAAAAAAUUUUUUACAAAUGUAUAAAGGCCUUUUGUGCGGACAGCAUAUACAUUAACAUUUUCGAAAAUGGCAAUCGGGAGUUUGUUCAGCAUAUGAGGAGGGGUGUAGUAGAAGGAGAGAAGCAUCCCCCCAUGGAAAGUUCUUCCACCAAAAAAGCGCCAACACAGGAAAACAAUCCGCGAGACGAACCCGACGCACAUCACUCUAUGUGCGAAGAGGGUUCCCUCAGAUGUAACCUGUUCACCUUCUUCCAGCUGUUCCUAAUCCUGUACGCAUCCACAGCGGAAGUUAUGGACCACAUCAUAACAAAGAAUAGUGGUCUGCACAGGGAUGAUUACAAAAGCGGGUUGCUCAAAAUAACGGACUCGUUAAUUUACCACUGCAGACGCAAAAGGUCGUACGUGAUGAAGAACCUCUUCCUCGUGAAGAGAUGCUUCUCCAAGUUUUUGGCGAAGUACGAGUCGGCGCAGAAGGAGCCAAGUGCGCAUAAACGUGGAGGAAAAGACGGAGGCAAAAAUGAUGUCAAAAAUGAUGUCAAAAAUGGAGGCAAAAAUGGAGGCAAAAAUGACGGCAAAAAUGCUGCCAAAAAUGGAGACAAAAAUGAAGGCAAACAUGGAGGCCAAGGGAGAGACAACAGGGAAGACCACUUAGCAGACCCACCUGCGGGCACCGUCCUGUCCAUCCUUCGCAGGAUCCAGUUUGCCAUUCACCUAAGUAUGAUGCUAAAUCAGGUCAUUUUCGAAUCCAAGGAGGUGAAAACAGACAUCAUUAAAGAAAAUUGUAAGGAGCUCCUAAAAUGCAUACGUAUGGUCAGCAAAGAAGUAGGUUCCAAAUGUCAGGAGCAAGACAAACAGGUCCGAAAGAAAUAUUUUAAUAAAUACCUUUUAAUGUAUAAAAUGAACAGUGUGGCUAAGCACGUGACAAAAAUGAGUGUCCAUGAGGGCUACUCCUUCUUCGAAAAGGUAACUCUAGAUGUAGAAUACAUCGCGGAACAUUUCCAGCGUAUAAACGCCAAGUCAAGCUUCUUAGACAUUAAGCACGUAGUGCAUUAUGUAAAAUUUUACUCCGCCAGUCGUAACGUUUUGGUGAAGUGCAUUUCGAGGGGGUACAUCCAACAAGUGAUGAAUAGCGCAAGGGGGGACUUCCUUUCCCUAGAGAGGGACCUACUACUUAAGGAAGAGUUAAAGACUAAACGUUUUCUUAGCAAUUUGAAACGGGACCCUCCCUGUGGCAAAGUGGAACAUCCUGAAAAGGGGUCAACACGAGAAAAAUUGCAAAAAGUGGAAGAGAACGACCCGCUUGAAAAGCGAGAAGACAGCCAGGCGGAGCGCAUAACGACUGACGGGUCCCCCCUGGAUGAACUUGUGGGCGAAUCAAACAACCAAUGGGACGAUUAUGAUGAGCACCCAGAUGUAGGUCAUUACUACUCCCUCUUUCUAAACACGUACAGAAAGGAAGAGACGGAUGAUCUGCCCUCCACAAAACGCCUAAACGAGGAAUUCUCACAAAAUGUAAAGCAAAAUAUAUUUAUCAGUUUCUUCCUCCACUUAUUCUUCAACGAAUCGUAUGUAAUACUAGAAGGGGUGUCCAAAGAGAAUCCCAAUUUUUUUGUCAAGUCUAUAAUUUUUAAUGAUCUGUGCUACUUUGGUUUUUCCCCCCCUCUGCUAGUCUUACUGUCAAAUUUUUUUUUCUCUCCGGAUACGUUUUUUUUUUCCAUGGAACAUCUGUACCAAGUGGACAAAGGGUUGACUUAUACAAAUGAGGAGGAGUAUGAAGCAUUUUGCAACAUGUCUUUUCCUCCUUGGGCUGUUAAAAAAAUGGAGCGAGAUUUACGCUUGCGUUUCCCUUAUCUGAUAAAUUAUAUGCAGCACGAGAGCUCCCUUGUGGAGUUGUUCACCGAGUUGGAAGAAUUUAUUGACGAGUGUGCAGGGGUGGAGAGUGCGCCGAGGGAAGUGAACCAGUGCAGGUCCGAUGAGCAGCGUGGAAGUAACCCUGUUACGGAAUGUAGAAGCGUCCACCAGGGGAGCAGCACCGUGGGGAGAAGCGAAUCCAAAGAGGAGCGCACCGAACACGCCAAACGCGGUAAUGGUACGCACAUCGAGGAACGCACCACGAGCCCAGCGAGCGUUACGCAGAGGCGCAUGAAGCUGACGGUCUUGUGCAAGAUAUUUCACCUGUUCAUGGAGUAUCUCGAGAUAGUGUUAAAAAAAAUCCUAACCUUUUCCUUUUUGCUGGCCUCUAGGGAGCACUCCAAAUUGAGCGAAUUUCACACAGACGUGUGUGUACUGUACACCCUCAUGAAAAUCCUGACUCACUACUUCAAAUUGUACAAUAUGAACAGCGAAAUGGAAAGCGUGGAAAAUUAUUUUAACUGCAUUUUCCACACCGUGUUAAUUGAUUACAGCUGUUUAAGCCUAUAUACCAACAUCCCCUCCGACCAGGAAUAUGCCUUUACCUAUUACGUCAUGUCAUUAUGCUAUAAGGAAUUGGCGGGUACACUUCAAAAUGGAUUAAAAGUAAAUUGUGGUGAGAAUAAGAGCAAAUUAAUUUAUUCCUUAAUUUAUUACAUUCAGUAUCUUUACUCAGAUUUUUUGAUGAUAUAUUUUAUUUAUUACUCCUGCACCAAUGUGGAUUCGGAACCCAUCGAGGAAGACUCCUACAACAUGAAAUACAAAGCGUGGAAUUUCUGUUACCCAGAUAUUUCAAAAAUUGACUUUUACAAUUUCCAGAAAAAUAAAGCUGUUCUCAUUAACUCCGUCCUCACAAAGAAUUUAAAAAUCACCCUUUCCCCAAAUGACGAAAUCAACAUAGGGGUGAAAAAAAAAAUUAAAAAUUUAGACCAAGUGAAAGAGAGCUACCAUAAUACGAACAAACGGAUUGGCAAAUACUGCAACUUGUUAUAUAUUAAAAAUUACUUAAGUCAUACUUUUCGCUUUUUCGAGAAAACCUCUUCCGAGGUGGACAUUUGUUCCUAUUUAAAAGGGUGCAUAAGCGAAAUUGAGAAACUUAUAAAGGAUGCCUUAAGUUACAAAUACGACAACAUCAGCUUUGUUCGCAUUUUCCUAAAUUCGUAUGAACAUAAUUUGAUGUCUUACAAGAAAUUUCCCCCCUUUUGUGUUGAAAAUUCUUCCAUCUUUUUGAAUCCCGAUUGUGAGGUGGUUAGCGGCCACUCUUAUUUUUUAAGUGUGCAGGAAAGGAAGAAAAAAAAAACAUAA